AUGGAGCAACCGCUCUCUUCCAGUUCCGGAUCCUUGACAAGUGGGAGCACUGACUCGAUGGGACUUGACUCUCCACGCGCACCCACCCCGACAAGGACUCCUCCCAGAAACACACCCCUCCAUGAAACGAACGGCAAUUGGCUUGGAGCCACGUCCACAGAUGCCGGCAUAGUUGUCGAAACCCCCUCGCUGGAUGAUGCCAUGGAUGCCUCGGAUCUCUUAGUCGAGAACGGACAUGAUGAAUACGAAGAUGAGGACGUCAUCUCAUCUGUUUCAAAGCGCAAGCGUGCAUCCGUCAAUUACAACGUGGAUGACAAGCUCCGAGGCAGCCCAUAUGACGAACCCUCCCUCAAGCGUGUAAAGCAAUCCCCGAAGAUUCGAGGUGUAAUUCUCGGUGUUUGGCGCGACUCGGAUCAACCUAAUGAUGCAGACAAGCAUGUCAUUUAUGGCUUUAUCGACAUUCACGAUAGACUCCGAACCAGGAUCUACGGAAUGAAUCGCAGAGGACAAGAGGUUAUUGGCAAUGUUCCUGUGGGAGCUGGGGGAUGCUGGGUUACGUUUCCUAGAAUUAUCUUCGACCCUCAUCUUGCGCAGCUCAGUCCUACGGCAAUCAAAGAAUACGUGAGGAUCCGAUCGGAAGCCAGGCCAGAAGAAACCGAAGAGGAGCGACAAGAGGCUGAUAUGAAGGCUGUCUUGCGAGCGCAAGCAAUUGUGGCCUCUCAGGAAAACGGAACUCCAGUGACUAAAGCUAUUGUGCAACGCCCCUCAGCCAGUCGUUCAUCAGGCCAAAAUCGGCACUCACUUCCCCGGCAGUCCUUGAAUAAUACGCCAAGCUUUAAAGCUGUCAAUGCCACCAACAUUCCGACUCCAAAAUCUUCUCCUUCCAAUGAUGGCAAGCCUAAUGGAGUUCUUCUUGGCUACUGGGCAGACUCCUCCGAACCUCGGGUGGAGGAUAAGCAUGCAGUAUACGGUGUUGUCGGGGGAAGCGACUGUUUUCGAGUCAAAGUUCAGAGAAUUACGAGAGAUGGACGCUAUGUGGAUGGCAAUUUUCCAGUGGGUGCCGGUGCUUUGUGGCUCCAUUAUGACAAAGUCGUGUUUGAACCACAAUUACAGGGGAUGACGCGACCAGAAAUCAAAGAAUACGUCCGAAUCCGCCAACGGGAUCUUGAGAACAAAGAAUCAGAGAAGGAUCGAAAGGCAAACGAGGCAAGAGCCAUUAGAGAGGCAAAAGCGUUUGUUGCUUCCGAGGCGCUCAACAACGGUGUUGAACAUAAGCGGCCCAGCCCUGAGCAGGAAGUUAGGCAUAGCGCCAGAGCAUUGGCUAGGCAACAAGCGGAAGCUGAUACAACAGUCGAGAGAGUCAGGAAGGAGAAGGCUGAAACUCGAGAAAAACAACUUGAGAAGACCAGAAAGGAGGUCGCCAUGGCCGAGGCUGUUGUCCAAGAAGCUGCACAACAGGAGCUCAGAAAUAACAUUAAAAAGCUAAACAAGGUCUGGGUAGCCCAGCAAGCAGCCACCGUCCCGCCUGUCGCUCCUAGUGGCGAGGUCAAGUACCACAACGGCAUCAAGUACGAACGAAAGCAGAAUGGCCCAUUCCAGGGCAAGCUUGUCAGUUCGCCUCAGAUAUUAAAUAUUGACGGAGAGGAUUACGUUGAGUACAGGGUCUUGACAAAGCCGUCAUUCUUCUGA